AUGUUAUUCCUCACGGCAUGUGCUGUGAUUGAAUACAUUGCACAAACUGUUGUGCUGGUUUUGGGACCCAUGUUGACGCUACAUUUCUAUCCAGAGACGUCAUAUCAUCGUCUUGGCUUUUACACUGCGAUUCUCUCCGGUUCAAGUUUUCUCGGUCAUGCACUGAGCUGUGGCUUUUGGAUCAAUUUGGCACGCUCACUUAAGAGUAGUAAAGGUGUUAUUCUAUGGGGAUUAGCAGUCACAGGGGCAGGGUUCUUCAGCUUGCUACUGUGCAAGAGUUUAGUGGCCAUGUCACUUGUCCGAUUUGCGACUGGGCUCAGCAGCGGUGUAUUGCCCGUGGCUCUUAUAGAGAUUGAUAAUAUUUGUGGGAACCGACAGACAAAGCUGGCUACAAUGGCGAAAACGCUGGGUGUGGGCCUUGGUGCGAUAAUUGCUUUUGGUUUUGUUACACUUGGCUUGAACCUGCCGCAGAGCUCGUUUGAGGAUUCAGCCAAAAGAGACUCAUCGCUGUACUUUUAUCCGUUCUGUUUUGUGUCAAUUUUCGCUUGGAUUUCGGUUAUAGUGAUGCUAGUGGGACUUCGUCUGCGUAGUCAGACGUCAUAUACUCAGCUUACGGAAGAGGAUGAUGAUUUUUUGAACUUUAUGCCACAAAUUCAGAUUGAUGCACAAUCUUCACCACGCUCAUCGACGAGUUUGAACACCAGUAGCACUAGUAGCAGUGAAAGCGGUAGUCCCAUGGCAACUACUGUUGCACACGUCAAGUCGGCGUUUGAGGAAGCGUUUGGACGGACAGCUAUGGGUUUAGGCAUUAAGAAAUCUGUUGCCUCACCAGCAAAACUAACAGCCAUCAAGGUGUUGGCGACCCCGCAGCCUCAUUUUCGACUAAUCCGUGGAAUUUUGCCUCAUUAUUUUCACGGCUACACAUCGGAUGGACACUUGAUCGUGUGGGAUUUUGUUGGUAGGGUCAAGAUGGACAAACUCUUCGCUUCGGGCUUUACUACUUCUGAUUUGCGCGAUCACUAUCGCUUUUUCUUGGCCUUUGCACAGGCGACGCUAUUGCGCAGAUCGACUCAAAAGAUCAUGUAUAUAGUGGACCUUGAUGGUCUAUCGCUUGGCGAUGCCGACACACGUGCAGUAGAUGGUGUGUGCGCAGUGGUUAAGAUGCUGCAACGCGAGCUGCCGGAGCGUCUGCAAGCACUUGCAGUGCUAAACUCGCCUGUGUGGUUUUCACAGGUCAUGACGCGCAUUCGCCCGCAUCUUGCAAAGCGGACUGCAGACAAAGUGUCGUUUCUGUCCAGAAAAACUGCCACUCAAGAUCUGAUUGCGCUGAUCGGUGUAGACAGUCUUCCUCAGCGCUAUGGCGGACGCAAUGGUGUAGAGAUUGGCAAGAGCGCACAAGAACGCUCUCUGGAUGACUUGCUUAAGCGAACAACUGCGUCGUUGGAACGUACAAUUGAGAUUGUAGGGACCCCGCGAUCGCGACAUUCGAAUAUUGGUCGUUUGCGUCCCGGCAGCAAUCGCUCCACCUUGAGUGACGACAGCAGUGAUGAGGAGGCAUUUUUUGACUGCUCUGAAUAUGGUUUGCAGGGCGUUGAAGACGUGGAGGACCAGGAGCCAACGAUCUCAGUGGUUGUGCACUCUCACUCCACUUUGAAGACUGAAGCCGUCGCCCGUAGUAAUGCUGCAACCCCUGGAAUGAAACAGCCACUGGACAAAAAGCCCGUGAAAGUGACUCAACCUUCAUCAAAAUCUGACGAUGCUCCUGUGCCUGACCUUGCAAUCACUCGCGAACCGCUGGCAUGUCUAGUACUACUGGUGUACUUCUUCUGGCUACUGGUACAGCUAAGUUUUGACGAGAUGCUUCCGCUGUGGUUUUUCAAGCAGAAUCCAAUGACAUUAGGUGGCAGAGUACACGCUGAACUACUUGCGUCGCAGUCAACAGUGUCAUCAAUUACGCUUACAGUUUCUGGAACGUUAGCAUCGUUUUCCAUGGCUGUACUCCUGGGCCAGAUGGUGUCAGCCAUUUUGUGUUCUUCUACUCGCAAUGUCAUGACCCCGCUUGCCACUCUACGUAUUGGCUUGCUUCUUCAAGUUCCCAUAUUGGGCUGCUUUCCACUCAUCAAUCUCUUGAAGGUGGAUGAGUUACCAUUCUCGUGGUUUAUGGUGGUGGGUGUGCUCAUGGUGAAGCAACUUGUCGCGGGUGUGGCCUUUCACGGACUUAUGGCUCUACUGGACAAUUCCCUUGCCGUUGAUCGCCGGCUUGCUGUGCAUCGUGCUGCACAACAUGUUCGAUACGUGGCCCACUUUAUCGCAAGCGCUGCAGCUCCAGCACUUUUUGCACUGCUGGGUUAUUUUGAGCAGGCGUUCCCUUUUGAUCAGAGUCUGCUGUACUUCGUGCAAGCUUUGGGGCUCAUGUUCUUGCUGUUCUUUUCUAUUGCAAUCCCUAGCCGGAUGAAUUUCCCUGUGCUCUUUAGCAUGGGCAAGCGGUGA